AUGUUAUUGAAAAAUAAUUUGAAAUUAAUUUCAAAUCAUUUCAAGAAAUUUCCGAAAUCAACUACUACAAAAUCAUUAACCUCACUCAAAUAUAGCGUACCUAAAAGACAGUUCUCAAUAUCUUCAAUACAAUUUCAAGAACAAGAAUUAAAAUAUGCUGGAGGAGAUUUAUUAAAAGCAUUUGCAAAUGAACAUUCAGAAAAUUUAGUUGAUGUUUCAAAAGUAUUAGUUAUUGGUUCUGGAGGGUUAUCAAUUGGUCAAGCAGGAGAAUUUGAUUAUUCUGGUUCACAAGCUAUAAAAGCUUUAAAAGAAGCAAAUAAACAAUCGAUUUUGAUAAAUCCAAAUAUUGCAACAAAUCAAACAUCUCAUGCAUUAGCUGAUGAAAUAUAUUAUUUACCAGUUACUCCAGAAUAUAUUACUUAUAUAAUUGAAAGAGAAAGACCUGAUGGUAUAUUAUUAACUUUUGGUGGUCAAACUGGUUUAAACGUUGGUGUUAAAUUAGAUAAAAUGGGAGUAUUUGAUAGAUAUGGUGUUAAAGUUUUAGGUACACCAAUAAAAACUUUAGAAACUUCAGAAGAUCGUGAUUUAUUUUCUCAAGCAUUAAAAGAAAUUAAUAUUCCAAUUGCUGAAUCUAUAGCUGUUGAAAGUGUUGAUGAUGCUUUAAAAGCUGCAGAAACUGUUGGAUAUCCUAUAAUUGUUAGAUCAGCUUAUUCAUUAGGUGGUUUAGGUUCAGGAUUUGCAGCAAAUGAAGAAGAAUUAAGAAAUUUAUCAGCACAAUCAUUAUCAUUAGCUCCACAAAUUUUAGUUGAAAAAUCAUUAAAAGGUUGGAAAGAAGUUGAAUAUGAAGUUGUUCGUGAUAGAGUUGAUAAUUGUAUUACAGUUUGUAAUAUGGAAAAUUUUGAUCCUUUAGGUAUACAUACUGGUGAUUCUAUUGUUGUUGCGCCAUCACAAACUUUAAGUGAUGAAGAAUAUCAUUUAUUACGUACUGCUGCUAUUAAAAUUAUUAGACACUUGGGUGUUGUUGGAGAAUGUAAUGUUCAAUAUGCUUUACAACCAGAUGGGUUAGAUUAUAGAGUUAUUGAGGUUAAUGCAAGAUUAUCACGUUCUUCAGCUUUAGCUUCAAAAGCAACUGGUUACCCAUUAGCUUAUACAGCUGCAAAAAUAGCUUUAGGUCAUACAUUACCACAAUUACCAAAUCCUGUAACAAGAACAACAUCAGCAAAUUUCGAACCAUCUUUAGAUUAUAUGGUUACUAAAAUUCCAAGAUGGGAUUUAUCAAAAUUUCAACAUGUUAAAAGAGAUAUUGGAUCAGCUAUGAAAUCAGUAGGUGAAGUUAUGGCUAUAGGUAGAAAUUUUGAAGAAUCUUUUCAAAAAGCUAUUAGACAAAUUGAUCCUUCAUAUAUUGGUUUUCAAGGUGAUAAAUUUGAUGAUUUAGAUGAAACUUUAAAAAAUCCAACUGAUAGAAGAUGGUUAGCUGUUGGACAAGCUUUAUUACAUGAAAAUUAUUCAGUUGAUAAAGUUCAUGAAUUAACAAAAAUUGAUAAAUGGUUCUUGUACAAAUUAAUGAAUAUUGUUAAUAUGUAUCGUGAAUUAGAAUCAAUUGGUGAAUUAUCUAAAAUCAAUAGUGAUUUAAUGAGUCGUGCUAAGAAAUUAGGAUUUUCAGAUAAACAAAUUGGACUUUGUGUUAAUGCUAAUGAAUUAGAAGUUAGACAAGUUAGAAAAGAUUUUGGUAUUAUCCCAUUUGUUAAAAAAAUUGAUACAUUAGCUGCUGAAUUCCCAGCAAAUACAAAUUAUUUAUAUACUACUUAUAAUGCUACAAGUUCAGACAUUGAUUUUAAUGAUAAAGGUACAAUGGUUUUAGGUUCAGGAGUUUAUAGAAUUGGAUCUUCAGUUGAAUUUGAUUGGUGUGCAGUAUCAACAGCUAGAGCAUUAAGAGAAAAUGGUAAAAAAACAAUAAUGAUAAAUUAUAAUCCAGAAACUGUUUCUACUGAUUUUGAUGAAGUUGAUAGAUUAUAUUUUGAAGAAUUAUCUUUAGAAAGAGUAUUAGAUAUUUAUGAAUUAGAAAAUGCUUCAGGAGUUGUUGUUUCAGUUGGUGGUCAAUUACCACAAAAUAUUGCAUUAAGUUUACAAAAUAAUGGUUGUAAUGUACUAGGAACAAAUCCUGAAGAUAUUGAUAAAGCAGAAGAUCGUCAUAAAUUUUCACAAAUUUUAGAUUCUAUUGGAAUUGAUCAACCAGCAUGGAAAGAAUUAACAUCAAUUGAAGAAGCUGAAAAAUUUGCUGAUGAAGUUGGUUAUCCAGUUUUAGUACGUCCUUCAUAUGUAUUAUCAGGUGCUGCUAUGUCAGUUAUUAAUAGUAAAGAUGAAUUAGAUGCAAAAUUAUCAAAUGCUUCAAAAGUUUCUCAAGAUCAUCCUGUUGUUAUUUCAAAAUUCAUUCAAGGAGCUCAAGAAAUUGAUGUUGAUGCAGUUGCAAAUGAAGGUAAAGUUUUGGUACAUGCAGUUUCAGAACAUGUUGAAAAUGCAGGAGUUCAUUCUGGUGAUGCUACUUUAAUAUUACCACCCCAAAAUUUAUCACAAACUUUAUUAGAUAGAUUAAAAGAAAUAACUGAUAAAGUUGCUUAUGCAUGGAAAAUUACUGGUCCUUUUAAUAUGCAAAUUAUCAAAAAUGAUAAAAAUGGUGAAUUAAAUGAUUCAGAAUGUGAAUUAAAAGUUAUUGAAUGUAAUAUUAGAGCAUCAAGAUCUUUCCCAUUUGUUUCAAAAGUUUUAGGUUUAAAUUUUAUUGAUAUUGCAGUAAAAGCUUUAAUAAAAAAUAAUAUACCAGAACCAAUUAAUUUAAUGAAUAAAAAAUAUGAUCAUGUUGCAACAAAAGUUCCACAAUUUUCUUUCACAAGAUUAGCUGGUGCUGAUCCAUUUUUAGGUGUUGAAAUGGCAUCUACUGGAGAAAUUGCAUGUUUUGGUAAAGAUUUAUUAGAAGCUUAUUGGACAACAAUUCAAUCUACAAUGAAUUUUAAUUUACCAUUACCUGGACAAGGUAUAUUAUUUGGAGGAGAUUUAACUAAUGAUAAAUUAGGUAAUGUUGCAAAAGAAUUAAGUGGAUUAGGUUAUAAUUUUUAUUCAGCUAAUGAAAAAGUAUCAGAAUAUUUGAAAAACUACGUUUCUGAAUCAGUGGAAGUUAUAGAAUUCCCAAAAACUGAUAAAAGAGCAUUAAGAGAAAUAUUUCAAGAUAAAAAAAUUGGAGCAGUUUUCAAUUUAGCAUUUGAAAGAGCUAAAAAUUUAUUAGAUGAAGAUUAUGUAAUGAGAAGAAAUGCAAUUGAUUUUGCUAUACCAUUAUUUAAUGAACCAAAUACUUCACAAUUAUUUGCAAAAUGUUUAAAACAAAAAAUUAAUAAUAAAAUUAAAUUUGAUAAAAUACCUGAUAAUGUUAUAGUACCAAAAGAAGUUAAAAGAUGGAGUGAAUUUAUUGGUGGUAAACCAGUUUAA